CCUCGGCCUCUACACUUCACUCUUCCCAUGCGCCGAUUGUCACACAUUGUUUACUACGGCUUGAGAUGUGAGUCACCGCAGAGCGAUCUGCCGGAGUGCCGCUCGGAACACUGAGGGAUUCUGCGUGACGCGCGCCGUGCGUCUUGGUUAUUUGGGGACAGGCUGUGGAGACUACCCUUCUGCCAUGACAGUGGAUUUGUUUGCGCUCCUCGGCGUGCUGGUCGUCACAUGCUCUGCGAUGGAAGAGACCGUGAUGGACACUCGGGUGGCCACAGCCGAACUGGGCUGGACAGCGUAUCCUAACUCUGGGUGGGAGGAGGUGAGCGGCUACGAUGAAAACCUCAACACCAUCAGGACCUACCAGGUGUGCAACGUCUUCGAGCCCAGCCAGAACAACUGGCUGCUCACCACCUUCAUCGACCGGCGCGGGGCGCAGCGCAUCUACGUGGAGAUCCGCUUCACGGUGCGCGACUGCAGCUCCAUCCCCAACGUCCCCGGGUCCUGCAAGGAGACCUUUAACCUCUACUACUACGAGAGCGACGCCGUCAUUGCCACCAAAGGCACGGCCUUCUGGAUGGAGGCCCCUUACCUCAAGGUGGACACCAUCGCCGCCGACGAGAGCUUCUCGCAGGUGGACUUUGGUGGCCGUCUGAUGAAGGUCAACACGGAGGUGCGAAGCUUUGGGCCGCUGUCCAAAAACGGCUUCUACUUGGCCUUUCAGGACUACGGAGCCUGCAUGUCUCUGCUGUCCGUCAGGGUGUUUUAUAAGAAGUGCCCCAGUGUGGUGCAGAACUUUGCCAUCUUUCCGGAGACCAUGACAGGAGCUGAAAGCACCUCCCUGGUCAUCGCUCGGGGGAUCUGCAUCCCCAACUCAGAGGAGGUGGACGUCCCCAUCAAGCUGUACUGCAACGGAGACGGGGAGUGGAUGGUUCCCAUCGGGAGCUGCACGUGCAAGGCCGGCUUCGAACCCGACAACGGCAACGUGUGCAGAGCGUGCCCGCCGGGAACCUUCAAGUCCACUCAGGGUCCGGGUCUGUGUCUGCAGUGCCCUCCCAACAGCCGCUCCACGGCCGAGGCCGCCACCAUCUGCGUGUGUCGCAACGGCUACUACCGAGGAGACGCCGAUCAGCCAGAUGAGCCGUGCACCAGUGUCCCUUCCAGCCCCAGAAACGUGAUCUCCAUUGUGAACGAGACGUCGGUCAUCCUGGAGUGGCACUCUCCGCGGGAGACGGGCGGUCGGGACGACGUGGUCUACAACAUCGUGUGCAAGAAGUGCCGGGCCGACCGGCGGUCCUGCUCGCACUGCGACGACAACGUGGACUUCGUGCCGCGGCAGCUGGGCCUGACGGAGACCAGGGUCUUCAUCAGCAACCUGUGGGCUCACACUCUCUACAGCUUCGAGAUCCAGGCCGUCAACGGCGUCAGCAACAAGAGCCCGUACCCGGCGCAGCACGUCUCCAUAGACAUCACCACCAACCAGGCUGCUCCUUCAAUCGUUCCCAUCAUGCACCAGAUCAGCUCCACGAUGAACAGCUUCACGCUGUCCUGGCCUCAGCCGGACCAGCCCAACGGCAUCAUCCUGGACUACGAGCUGCGCUACUACGAGAAGGACCACGCUGAGAUCAACUCCACCAUCCUGCGGAGCCAAACCAACACCGCCCGUGUGGAGGGCCUCAGGCCGGGGACGGUGUACGUGGUGCAGGUGCGAGCGCGGACCGUGGCUGGCUUUGGCAAAUACAGCAGCAAGAUGUGCUUCCAAACCCUCACAGAUGAUGACUUCAAGUCUGAGCUGCGGGAGCAGCUUCCUCUGAUUGCGGGGUCAGCAGCAGCUGGAGUGGUCUUCAUCGUCUCUCUCAUUGCCAUCUCCAUCGUGUGCAGCAGGAAACGGGCGUACACCAAAGAGGCGGUGUACAGCGACAAGCUGCAGCACUACAGCACAGGAAGAGAACUCUCUUUGCGAGCCGACAUGUCUAACUGCCCCUCCCCACUGGGCUGCCCGACCCACUUCUCAGGCUCCCCGGGAAUGAAGAUCUACAUCGACCCCUUCACUUACGAGGACCCCAACGAGGCCGUGCGGGAGUUCGCCAAGGAGAUCGACGUCUCCACGGUGAAAAUAGAGGAGGUGAUCGGCGCAGGUGAAUUUGGUGAAGUAUACAAAGGCCGUUUGAAGCUGCCUGGAAAGAGGGAAAUCUACGUCGCCAUCAAGACCUUGAAAGCCGGCUAUGUGGAAAAGCAGCGACGGGACUUCCUGUCCGAGGCGUCCAUCAUGGGCCAGUUCGACCACCCGAACAUCAUUCGUCUGGAGGGCGUGGUCACAAAGAGCCGGCCGGUCAUGAUCGUCACGGAGUUCAUGGAGAACGGCGCGCUGGACUCCUUUCUCAGGCAAAACGACGGUCAGUUCACGGUGAUCCAGCUGGUGGGGAUGAUGCGCGGGAUCUCGGCAGGGAUGAAGUAUCUCUCUGAGAUGAAUUACGUCCACCGGGACCUGGCGGCACGAAAUAUUCUCGUCAACAGCAACUUGGUGUGCAAAGUGUCCGACUUUGGCCUUUCGCGCUACCUGCAGGAGGACACCUCCGACCCCAGCUACACCAGCUCUCUGGGGGGGAAGAUCCCAGUGAGGUGGACGGCUCCAGAGGCCAUCGCCUACAGGAAGUUCACCUCGGCCAGCGACGUGUGGAGCUACGGCAUCGUGAUGUGGGAGGUCAUGUCGUUCGGAGAGAGGCCGUACUGGGACAUGUCCAACCAGGAUGUGAUCAAUGCCAUUGAGCAGGACUACCGCCUGCCGCCCCCCAUGGACUGCCCCAGUGCCUUGCACCAGCUGAUGCUGGACUGUUGGCAGAAGGACCGCAACGUGCGACCGCGCUUCACCGACAUCGUCAGCACGCUGGACAAGAUGAUCCGUAACCCCACCAGCCUCAAAGCCGUAGCCAACAUCCCUGCAGUGCCUUCUCAGCCACUGUUGGACAGAUCCAUACCUGACUUCAACACCUUCAGCUCGGUGGAAGACUGGCUGGCUGCCAUCAAGAUGAGCCAGUACAGAGACAACUUCCUCAACUCAGGCUUUACCUCGCUGCAGCUGGUCGCUCAGAUGACCUCAGAGGACCUGCUGAGAAUAGGAGUGACGCUGGCCGGCCACCAGAAGAAGAUCCUCAGCAACAUCCAGUCCAUGCGGGUGCAGAUGAGCCAGUCCCCGACCACCAUGGCAUGACUGCAGGGGGCGCUGUGCCAUGGAGCGGGCAGCAUUCGCAGGACCGUCGACAGCAGCAGCCCUCGAAUGACCCCCGAUUCAUCGGAACGCGCCAGAGUCGAGACUAUCGUCUUAAUCUAAUCCACUACCAUGAUAACAGGAGACCAGGGUCUACACUACCACACCGUCACUCGUCAUAAAACCCACUCCAGGCAUUCAGGGUCCAGACUAGGUACUGUUUCUUCAAUCCACUGCAGGAGGAGGACGGGCGUCAGUCGUCGUGGUUAUGAACUUGCCUUUCACGCCAUCGUAAACCAAAAUAACUCCAACAAUCAGCCGUUGAGACGGGAGCGCCUGGGCAGUCCACACGGCUGUCAUCCGGACCGCGAGACGCUCACUUCGACGUUCAGGAACAACGCGAGACCUGUGAUUUCACCCGUACUGCUGUCACCGUGUGUGGUGGAGAAGACGGCUCGGCUCGGCUCGGCUCGGCCCGCCGAGCGAUCGGCUACAGGAGGAGGAGGAGGAGGAGUUUACAGGGAUGUACAGUGCAGCAGCGAUUUCAACCCUCACUUCAUCUUUGGCUUGUUUGGAAGAUUUUAAAACGUGUAUUGUAAAUGAACUGGUGAAAACUCAGAGCUUAGUUCUAUUUUUGUCUUUUAGCCUUUGUUCCUUUGUUUUUCAUUUUGUCACUAUAGCAGGAUGCCACCCACGUGUAUUUGAACUUGAACACUACCUGUGGAGUCCUGGGUGGACGGCCCCCCCCAGGACUCCUGAACCAGCCCCCACCCCAGAUUCAGAGAAUAGAAGUACCUUUAUCUCUUGCUAAAUAUGAUUAUAUCUUUCAUAAUAACCUUCAUAUUGAAGGUGAUAUAUAUGAUUAUGUAUGUACAGAACUGUCCGCUUGCAUUUUGGCAACGACACGUUGGUUAGAUUGUGAUAGACACAUGCCAUGUGUAGACUUCUACGGCGCCCUGCUUUCCUUUGGACACUGAGCUCCACCCUCCAGGAGCUCCGGGACAAUUUUGACUGAAACUCUUAUUGAGCGUCCAUCAAAGGAACCGUGGGUGAAGAAUCGGUAUUGUAGAUCUGUAUGAAAAUCGCUGUAGGAGUUAAAGUAACUGAAAAAAAAAACGUCCAUUUAUUGGAGAUCAUGUUAAAUGUGGGUGUACACAUGCUGUCUCUUGCUAGUGAGCACUUACCUGUACAGAAAUGUUUUAUGUUUGGUUUGUUUUCCCGACCUGUCGUUUGUGCUGGGAGCGGUCCUGAAGGAGGGAGGGGGCUCCACGCCCCGGCCGGCCGCCGUCCGCACGGACUGGGAACGUGAGGAUCUACACAACUUUAAAACACACACACACACACACACACACACGGGAGCCGAACGGGCGCGGGACCAGACUCUGACUUCCCUCUGUGGUACACGGCGGACGGAGGAGCUGCUUGUGCACUUGUCAUUAUUGGUUGGUUUGUGUGACUGGACGUUUGUUGUGUGCGUAUCAGGCACAUCGGUGUAUACAGACAUUAUUGUGUGCACAGGUACACUGUUAAAGUGUGUGAAUGGGAUCUUUUUUUUUUUGUCUUUUUGUUUGUGUAUAGCUGCCACUUGUAAAUUGUGACAAGUACGUGUCAAGAGUUUGUAAACUGUAACUUUCUGAGAACUAUUGUACUAAAAUGCACUCAAUAAACGCCUUGGAAAACAA